AUGAAGAAGGAUUUAAGGAAACCAGUAAAAACUACAGCAAUGGCCUUAUUCCUGGAGUUGCUGUUCCUGGCUGUUAUGUUGCUUCCAUUCUUUCCUGCAAAUGGACAGGAUCCAUCCUUUACUGAUUUGUCAACUACUCAAAUACGAGUCCAACAAGAGAUUAUAAAUAAACACAAUGACCUAAGAAGAUCAGUCUCGCCACCUGCCAGCAACAUGCUAAAGACGGAAUGGAACAAAAAAGCAGCAGAAAAUGCCCAAAACUGGGCAAACAAGUGCACUUUAGAACACAGCCAUCCAGAGGACCGAAAAACCAGUACAAGAUGUGGUGAGAAUCUCUAUAUGUCAUCUCAGCCUGAUUCGUGGUCAGACGCAAUCCAAGCAUGGUAUGAUGAAUACAAUGAUUUUAUCCAUGGUAAGGGACCAAAGACUCCCGGUGCAGUUGUUGGACAUUAUACCCAGGUUGUUUGGUACUCCUCUUACCGCAUUGGAUGUGGAGUGGCCUAUUGUCCUGGUCAGGUUUAUUUGAAAUACUACUAUGUCUGCCAGUAUUGUCCUGCUGGUAAUUAUCGUGACAAGAUAAAUACACCCUACCUAGAAGGAAAACCUUGUGCCAGCUGCCCUAAUCACUGUGACAAUGGACUAUGCACCAAUGUUUGCGAGUAUGAAAAUAAAUAUAACAACUGUAAUGAUUUGAAGAAGAGACUAUCUUGUAACUAUAGCCUUCUCAAGGACAAUUGCAAGGCUUCCUGCCAUUGUGAAAAUAAAAUUUAUUAAAUACCCAAUACAGAUUGAGCAGGGCUAAGUGGAGAAGGGCCACACCAUCUACUUAGAUUU